GUCAAAAUUUAGCAGCAGAUCCGAGGUGUUAUUUUAUUUUAUCCAGUGUCAAUUAGUUUUCCAAUUUUCUAUUACAAAUAAAUCCAAAUAGGUAACAGUACAAAAUUAAGAACACUUGCAAUGUUUCGCGUUGGUAAAUUCAAUGUAAAUCGUGCCAACCGUUUUACGCGUCUCACACGUCGAAUGUCGUUGGCCAAGCGUUUGCUCAAUGCCAGUCAAAUACAAUCACCCGGAACUGCUCCCAGAGAACGAAUGCCCACACCGCCCACGAGUCAAUCCAGCUUAACUAGUAAGUCACAGAAGAAGUCGCAAACUGGCGACCAGGACCAGAUCCAGCAGAAUCAGCGCUGGCCACGGAAAAUCUUUAGCGGCAUUCAGCCAACGGGCUCACUGCAUCUGGGCAACUAUUUGGGCGCAGUGCGCAAAUGGACGCAGCUGCAGAAAACCCGUGAAAAUGUAACCAUUUGCAUCGUUGACAUGCAUUCGAUUACUAUGCCGCAUAACCCGCCUUUGCUGCGAGAGAAUAUCUUCACGAUGGCUGCCACACUGCUCGCCUGCGGCGUUGAUCCCGCCCAAAGCACGCUGUUCGUACAGUCCGCCGUGAUGGAGCACAGCGAACUUAACUGGAUACUCAACUCGCUUACCACAAUGCCGAGGCUGGCCCAGCUGCCACAGUUCAAGGAAAAGUCGCGAACUGUGCGUGAAGUGCCGCUGGGCUUGUUUGUCUAUCCGGUGCUGCAGGCGGCCGACAUUAUGCUUUACAAAGCUACCCAUGUGCCCGUUGGAAUCGAUCAACUGCAACAUAUACAACUGGCACAGCAUUUGGCACGCAACUUUAAUGCGCGCUAUGGUGAAAUGUUUCCGGUUUGCACUCCAAUGAUUGAGGAAAACGAUGGCUCUCGUAUACUGUCUUUGCGCGAACCAUCCAAGAAGAUGUCCAAAUCCGACCUAAAUCCCAAAGCCACCAUUCAUUUAAGCGAUUCACCUGAUCAAAUCAAGGAAAAAAUUAAGAAGGCCAUCACUGAUUUCACUUCGGACAUCUCGUACAGUCCCAAAAUUCGGCCUGGAGUCAGCAAUUUGGUCAAUAUUCAUGCUCUAGUUACCGGCCAGGACAUUACGUCGGUGGUGGAUGAGGCCAAGCAAUUGGACACGGCCAAGUACAAGGAGCGCGUGGCCGAGGCGGUCAUUGAGCAUUUACGGCCCAUACGCGAAAAGAUUAACCUACAUUUGACCAAUCGCAACGAACUCAUCUACAUGCUGGAGAUGGGCUCUGAGAAGGCGCGCAAGACUGCCCAACAGACCAUGAGCGAGAUCAAGCAGCGUCUGGGCCUGGGCGCCAAUGCCAUUCUGCCGGCAUCCGUGUAUGUGCCGCCGCCACUGCCGGAUCACUCCAAGUUAACUGCUAGCCAGCGUCUGGCCAAAGGCGUACUUCAUCCGGACGCCCAUCCCCACAGCAUGCCGCACUUCGAGCAGCGCUGCGAACCUAGCCACGUCGCCUCCUCGAGCAUUGGUGGCGAUGCUGGCGAUGCGGUCACCGGAGAGUCAACAGCCAAGGUGGGUGCACCGCCUAUCCGGUGUAUACGUCGACCUAUUGUGCCAGUGCAGACGAUGCGCGUGGAAAAGUCCUUUAAUCGAAGCCCCUCCCGACAUAUCUUUAAACUGGACACAUUCAAUGUGCCAAAACUUGGCUUUCGUGAUACAAAGAUGAGUUCUAGUAAUAAUCGGUCGGACCAGCGAGAGCGGCGAAAUUCUUCCUUGGGCUUUGCAGCGCCCUCUUCUUUGAGCGCGGUAAAUAGCAUCUCUGGCUUUAAGUACGGUAACUCGAAUCCCAGCCCUUUGGCUUCCAUUACAAGCCAAGUGAAUGCAGCUCAUAAGCAGCAGGAAAUGGUUAGCAGUCUGGCCAACAGUUCUUACUAUAAAGCGGCUUCCAGCUCCUUUAAUAGCAAGUGUCCCAGUGUGGUCAAUGUUGCAGUCAACUCCGCCCCCAACCGUAACAAUAAUAACGCUACCAAAGCGGCUAUGUUGGCCAAUGCUACCAGCUCCGAGAGCGCCACCAGCUCCAACGCCACAGCCAACACAACCACCAGCGGCAGCAGCAGCAGCAUAACGACGACAUCUCAAGACUCAAGCGAUACUACUGAUGAAGAUGGGGAACAGAGUGUGGAGGAUCAAGAGGAGGAAGAUGAUAGUUAUGCCACUGUCCCGUCAGAGGGCAAGAUGGAAAAAACUAAUUAGUCCGGUGUAAAAUCCUAGCAAUUGCUUUUAGUAUAGUCUUAAAUUACUUAAAUCGCUUGUAAUACAUCGUGCUUAUGAUAAAAAAUGUUGAACAAUUA